AUGAUGGUAUUUCCUUCUCCUGAAAAGUCGAUAAAAGAAAUGCCAGCCGGAAAAUCAGUGUCAGACAGUAGUAAAAUGAUUAAAAAUUUAUUAUCGAGUGAACAGUCAGCGAAACAAAGGAAAACAACAACAACUAGUAAUGAAAUGAUUAAAACAAAUUCAGCUGAUUUUUUCCUCAAUCGUCAACAAACAACACAAAUCAUAAAACCAUCACUACCAUCAUUCAUCUACCAGUCACCAGUCAAUAUAAACUCAGCAUUACCGAUGAUUAACGAAACAACGGAAUAUGUUGAGUCUUUAACUACAUCCCCGCGAUAUUCAUUACAAAGACCAAUUCCAUCGCCAUUUUCCCAGUUUUUUCAAAUGGAAACAAUAGCCUCACCUUUAUCCUCAUCCGUUUAUCCAAACGUGAAAGCGAACGAAAUACCAUCAUCUAGAAAUCAACAACAUACCGGUCUCAUUCCAGACAAGCUACCAAUUGCUUCAAAUACAACAAUAAAUAGUGAACGAUCCGUUGCACAAGUUCAUCAUCGACCACUAACAUUGUCGUCAACGUCUAUUCUACCAAGUGUAACAAGCAACGAUAUACAAGCCAUGUUGGUGUCACAUUCCAUAGCACCUCAAGGACAUCAUUCAACCUCUUCUCAUGUCAGUGCACCAUUUGUCUUUGAUAAUACUGCUUUUGGAAAUUGGAUGAUCAAUAAUAAAACAACAACAGCAAAUCCUCAUCAUGAUUCAUUCGAUUUUCAAUUAUCAUCACAAGCAAGUCAAGGAUCAAUUGAGUUUUCGGGACUUAUUAGAAGCGUUGAAUCUCCGUUUUCCACGGAUUCAGAUGAUGGACGCAGCGAUAAAACAUAG